UUUUUCUCACUCCUACACGUUUCCUUUAACAAUGAGUAUAAUGCAAUCACAUGUCCCGCGGGUUUUCAUACAGUUGAUAGGGAUUAAAGUUGAACUUUGUAUUAGUAACUUGAGUGGGGGCAAGGAGGAGGGAAGAAGAGAAAAGAGAAACUGAACUGCCAGAGACGGUCGCAUUUUAGAGCGGAAAUUAGUUUUCAGUCUAUUUUUAAAACAUUUACAUAUGUGUCUUUUAUACACCAUUUCAUCAGAUGGAAUACUAUUUUUAAAAGCCGGAUUGUAGUGUAAUCUAGUCUCUAUGGCAAACUACCGACGAAUGCAAAGGAAUGUGCGUUAUACGCUCAUCACGGAACGUCGCACAGCUUUACAGUGAAACAAACGGGAUCCUAACGAUUUGCGCUCUUGGAACAACUUCUUUGUGUGCGAUAGCCUACAAAAUUAGGCACGCGUUAUCAGCAGGACAACAUCAGUAGGGAAACGAGGAGAAGACUACAAAGGAAACGACCAAACAUGUAUGACAGCUCUAGCAUCCCAGAGCUGUCAGAUAGGAUCAGCUCUACCGCUCAUUUGAAUUCCCAUUUGGGCGGAGCAGCAUCGCCGAUGGUUGAGGAGGAGGAAUCUGGACGCGAUACAGCGAAUGCCAGUGGAAAAGACUCCCACGUUUCAGAAAUCUGCAGGGCGUCUGGAGACUAUGUCAGUCUCGCUGACCGUAUGUCUAGGGUUGGGACUCAUCAAGCUUCGAUACGCCGGUCGAGGCUGCGAAGGCAACCGGAGAUAAGUGAGCCCUGCUCCAUCGGUGCGCUGAACACUUACAGUGUUUCGCAAAAACUAUUAGGGGAAGUAACAGAGAAGGGCUCCAUUACUCCCGCCAUGCGAAAGAAAUACUUAAAGGACCUUCUUGUAAACAACGGUUUGCACAGUGGUCUCGGAAGCCUAUUACUCUCAUCCAGCGCAUCUUCUAAAGACUGUGAUCACGACGCACCUUAUAGCACAGAAGAAAGCAACACCAGCAGCGCAUUCUGGGUUUUGGACCCCAUGGAGCAUGCGUGGAUGCUGUCGAUUGUGGAUGGAAAUUUUGACACCAUAGUGGAUUAUCUCUCAGAGGAUUUCAGUUUGUUGACUAGAAAGGAUUUCGUCAGUGGUUUCACCGUGGUCCACUGGCUAGCAAAGAACGGCAGGGAUGAAACACUGGUAAAGCUGUUCAAGUACGCUGAAAGGGAGGGGUUCCCAGUGAAUGUAAACUUAAAAGCAAGCGGAGGCCUCACCCCCCUUCACGUGGCUGCGAUGCACGGUCAGUACAUGGUGAUUAAAAUUUUGGUCGGCGCGUUUGGUGCCGAUGUGGAGGUCAUGGAUUACAGUGGCAGAAGAGCGUGGCAGUACCUGAAGACCAACGCCCCUGCGGAGAUGAGGGAGCUAUUGGACGGGAAGGACGAGUAUGAGCAUGGGACAGUUGGGUAUCACAAUGCCAACAGCGGGAGUGCUGCACAAAACUCCAACAGUGACGCUAAAGGAGAGGAGGUCGAGGUAGACUCGUUUGUAAGGAGAAAUAACCGUUCGAUGUUUGGGUCUUUCAGAAAGUUCCUGUCACCGGUAAUACAUUUUGUCAACAGCAGCAUGAGAAACCCUAUGGGCACUGACUCCUAAGAGGAUACGAACACCGAUGCUUGGUCAGAUUGGAGGUAGCCAAUUAAGACAUUAAAAUAUAUUUGAAUAGGCCUAUAGACAAGUCUAACAAGCUACGCGAAAACGUGUGGGUUUCCUUCAAUACCGCAUUUGUGAGAGUAGUUUGCCUGUUGGGUGUUUUGUAAACGCCAGAUCACUGUGUUCGUGGUUUUAUCCCAAACAACCACGUUGUUAUUCCUUUUUUAAUGGUAGAAUAUGCACUUUAUUGUAACAAAACGUUUUGUAUAUUAUAAUUAUCCAGUUUUUUUUCUUCAUUUGGCUACUGCUUUUUUUAUUUUUAUUUUUUUGAAAAUAUCAGUGAAAACCUAUUUUAACUAUUCACUGUAGGUCUACUUUGGAUCUCAAGUUUGUAGUCCAAUACUGAAACUCAAAACACACUCUAUUCAAAUCUGAACACCCUGCAAGACAGGUUUUCAAAGGGGGAAUUCAAACAACACCAUAACCACACCUAAACAAACACGAAGGCAACUGCGAAGUGUAGACAACCAUUGAAUUAAGUGAAAGCCACUGUAGUGAAAUGUAUUGCCGACGAUGUCCUUCGAUUACGAUUGAUAAUCUCUGGUGUCUGGCCUGUUCUGAAUCCUGCUUUCAAAAGAAUAACAAAUACAUCAUCAUUCUUAAGAAAUUCAUACACAAGGAAGAUUUCUUAAUUUAAUCAGGCUUUAAGUUUUGACAUUACCUGCUUAGCAAGACCACUUUAUACCAGCAAGCCCAAACCUGAGGCACAGCACUUUAAUCAAAGGUAGAACAAGGUGAGAUCAGCUCUUGAGUCGCUCACAAUCAGGCUCAACAGGACUACUUGACUGCAGGGGGGGAGGACAAGUCCUGUGACCUAUCCUAAAUAAACUUUCAUUUUUCAGAUCUACAACACUUCUGCUUCUCUCAGUACUUCUGUGAAUCAGAUCUUGUGAAGAACCCCCAGGCCACUGUCCAAGUGAUUUCACAUCACUACACUGUUCUUUAAAUCAAGCAAAGAAUGAUAGUAUCAUUCUGAAAGUACUCUAGAUUCUGUUACAACAGUGAGGCAAAUAAAGUGACUCCAAACACAAUAUAAUAAUUGAUUCUGGAUAAUCUUGAGUGCGAAAAGCAUGAAAAUUAAACUUUAAGGUACAUUUUAUAAAGCUUGAAUGAUGCAGACAUCUGCAAGAAACAGGCCUCCAAGCACAAGCCAGUUUUGACUCCGAAAGCUGCAGUCCAAGCCAAACAAUCAGACAAGCUGAGGGCCAGUAAUGGUUCUUGUAUAAAUUUUUUAUGUGUUACACUGGUGAUGCACUCAUCUGUAGAUGAAUCCAUUAAAUUUCUAUGAAAGAAACUGA